CUCAAGCCCAGCAGAGAAGACAGCUAGUUACAGCUGAGCCGAGCCGGUGACAAGCCUCCGUCUAUGUUCACUGUGCAAACAGCCACACACGGCAAGAGAAGACCGGGGCGGUGACCACGUGAGGAACGACGAGAAGCGUGAAGAAAAAGGGGGGGGGGGGGAUCGGUCCACUUUAUGCCGACGAACGCUGUCCUUAUGCCGCCACACUCCUCCAUGCUGUCGGGGGAGCGGAAGACAACCGGCGCGUAAAGUUGCUGGCUUGAGUGAGCAUUGUGGUUGAACGUACGUUCCCGUGUGGAGUUCACAAUUGCAGACCCCCUCACGGCGUCUUUGUGUGCGGAUGAGCCAUGCCUGUCGGAUGGUGACAAAACCGGAAAAUAUGGAUUCGCUUUCACUAUAGCAAACAGUUUUGGUUUUUUGUAUUUAUUUUGGAAAAAUUGCUCUUUCAUCUUUUGACCAUUCUUUUUGAAAUUAUUUUAUUAUCAUUUUUCAAAAGACCACUGAGGAUUUCUCGACUGUUGUGGAGUUACAAUCAUGAACUUUGUUUUUAGUUUGGCACAAAUUCUCUUGGCGGCGGUUUUGAACCUAUCCACUGUAAAGACUGCCAGCAUUUACAAGGGAGUGGAUAAGAGUAAAAAUGAAGUUAUUCAAUUCAUAGAUGUCUUCACGAAGAGUAGGUGCCAGCCCAGAGAAAUGCUUGUAGACGUCUCCCAGGAGUAUCCAGAGGACACAGAACAUACCUACAUACCUUCCUGUGUAGUCCUCACUCGAUGUGGAGGCUGCUGCACUGAUGAAACGAUGGAGUGCGUGCCAACUGAAAUCCGCAAUGUUACGCUGCAAGUAAUCCGGGUUAGAUCAAUGGUCACGCAACAUAAAACUCAGUUAAGCUUCACAGAACAUCAAAAGUGUGACUGCAGACUUAAACCUGAAGUUCAAGCAAAGAAAGAAUACCACUGUGCGCCUUGUUCAGAGAGAAGAAAGCGCUUGUUUGUGCAGGACCCUCUCACCUGUAAAUGCUCCUGCAAAUUCACACAAUUAGACUGCAAGUCCAGGCAGCUUGAAUUAAACGAAAGAACUUGCAGAUGUGACAAACUGAGGAGAUGAGACCAGGAGGCGCAGACUACACUGUUAUGAAGGAAUUCUUUUUGGCACAGCACUUUGAAAUGUGAGGAUGCAUUCCCUUCAAGGACACUCAAGGACGAUGCAAGACAGGACAUUCUGGAUUAUUUUCUUGCCACUGUCUGUUUUCCACAUAACGCUAUUAAUAUAUUUAUACAUAUGUGCGUAUACUCCAAGUACAGUACAUCAACAGUGUGUAUUGCUGCUACUAUUUAAAACGAAUGCGCUGUCGGCGUGUGAAUGGGAAAUGUGACAAGGCGUUGUGUUCAUGGGUUAAAAUUGGGGAAAAUAUAUUUUAUUUUAUGUAAGACUUCACUGGAUGCUGGUCUGCUGUGGAUAUGAACCUGAAAAUACAUCUUGCUUUCUGGAAAAUUAGGUGACCACAAUUUCAUCCAUUGAUGCAACAAAUGCUGAACUUGCCUGAAAUGCCCGAAUGGGGGCAGCUGGAUUAUAAAAUAACGAUGGGGAUACCUGCGGCACUUGAACUGUAUGGCAGGUUUCAGAACUUGUUGUCCUCUGUGACGCGAUUAGAUGUUUUGUCUGUACUGUAGGAAGUGACGACAGUUAAUGUGAGACUAUAACUAUAUAAUAUGACACAACUGCUGACACAGGUUACGUGCUGUGGUGACGAAUAAUGUGACCUUCUUCCUGAUGGAAGUUCAAUGACGAUGGCAAGAACCAAAAGAAAGGUUUUCCAAGGACGUUUGAUUCAAAAACAAACAAAUAAAUAAUUGGGCUUCUCCCAACAUUUGAGCAAGUAGAAGGGUCCUUUUGGUAUAAUUUGAUCAAUAAUAUAUAGAAAUAUAUCAAAUUAAGCUAUUGGUUUUAUAUGUUUAAAUAUGUCCCAUGCUGAAACAACCACUCUUUAAGUCCUAUUUUCAAGUUUUUGAUUAUUUUAAAUUUUAGGCCUUCGUAGUAAAGGGAAUCCUUAUUGACAGAGCAAAUAAUGGUGGCCCAUUGAAAUACACUUCUUUUUAUAACGGUAAAGACAAUAAACAACUUCAUAAAAUUGUGUGAGUUCCACAAUUUAUGUGUUGCUCCUCAAACUCUGGGGAUGCAAGUGUAGAAAUGAUCCAAACUACUCAUUAAACCCAUUACACUCAUGUCUUUAUAUUGUACUAUACAGUAAAGACAUGCAAUAGUUGCGACAUUUUUACAAAUUCAUACAUAUUCAUUCAUAUCUCAGAAGUACCACCAAUUCACUGUCUGCUAUUGUGUGAAUGCAAAAUGACUGCCACUUCCUGGCACGUCAGUUCACAGAUCCCGCUGGUGUAUUGCAACAACAUAAUGAGGCUCUCUCCAGUGGCAUUAAACGCUAAACACAGCUUGAGUGAAAAAGAAGGCCCGUUCAUAAAAGAACCAAAAAAAAAAAAAAAAAAAAAAAAAAAGGAACUCUGACGACAACAAGAUGCGUUUGUGUUAGUUUUCAAGGAAAAUGCAAUAGACUUUAAGCAAUAGGAGAAAAAUCCUAUAAAUCCAAAAAUGCAAUUAGCAUCUUCAGAAAACAUGUUGCAAAUCAUGGAACUUCAUUUCGGACACCUAACACUAAAGACAUUUUGGCAUUGGAAGUUAAAAUAAUAUUCCUUUCUAAUAUUUCUUGUCUUAGAAACCAUUAUGACCUUUUUAUGGAUAACAUCUCCCAAUAAUUCAAAUACUCAGUAACAUGAAUGGAUUUUCAGAAGGAAUAUUCAGUGGGCCAUGUCUUGACUAUUAUUGAUCACAUUAUAUGAAAACGACCCAUAACAACCCAUGAUGAUAGUUUGAAAGUUGGUUUGCCAGGGUUAAAGGUAUCGAACCACUACCCGUCUGGUCCUGCCUUCAUCACAACUUUUUUUAGGUGGGAAAAUAUAUUUUUAUUGACAUGCACAGUUUAUUGUUUGUAUUUUUAUUUAGACAUUGUGUUAAUUUCACAACAUGUCUUGACAUCAUGCUAAAGGGAUAUUAAUGUAGGUAUACAUGACAAAGGGUAGUGACUAGAUGAGCUAAUAAUAGGUCAGUCUGGAAACCCCCAACCUUGCGGUUUUUGUAUUUAAUGGCUUUGUCUGUGUUCCAAAGAAAUAGUCAUGCUUUCACAACAGAGCAAUUCAUUGUUAACUGUCUGUAUGUACUUACAAGAUAUCCCUUUUUUCAAAUAGACUACAUUUAAUUUAUAGAAUGUGUUCAGUAUUCUCUAUUAUAAUAUUUAUAUGAAUUGUUACAGUAAUUUUUGUUUGUCCUUCCUUUCAAUCUGCCUUGAGAUUGAACAUGUUUGACUGUGGAUUUUUUUUUUUUUUUGGGGGGGACUGAAAACAAAGCUUUGACAUUCCUGAUUUAAACUAGAGCUAUGUUACUCACCAGCCGAAUGGGGGCGUGAAAGUUUCUCGUGGGGGAGGGAGGGGUUGGGCGUCAUAUAGUGGGCAUUUGACCGAUGGAAACCCCAGUCAAAAGUAUGUGCGAAUGAUGCACCAGCACAGGUGCGUUUCAUUUUGAACUCGGGACUCGGGCAAUGGACAUGUGGUAUUGCACUUGCUUGCCCGCAGACGUCAUAAGCAGGACUGAAGGAGUCUAGUAGCUGCUGCUCCUCAGCUCAGACCUAAUUGUGUGAAGAUUUUUGUCUGUAGGUCUCUAGUCUAAGGGUGGUGAACUGGUACUUUCUCUGGCUUUACUGACAAACCCAACUGACCUUCAAGUAUUUUGUUUAAGCAAGACGACACAGUCACAUGUAAAUGUAAAUUUGGCAUUUCAACUGUUACCAGAUAAGACCAGAGAGAUCUUUCAACUCACUUUCAGAGUUCAAAUAACGUGUAAAUGUAAAUGUAAAAAAAAAAAAAAAAAGUUCAGGCAUUAGAUGAGAUGGCUAAAAAUAUCCAAAAUGACAUGUAGCUGCUAAAGUAAUUUACACAACUCACCUUUUCUGCCAGUUGCAACACUGUUCUUUAUCAGCCAUGUGAGCCAGCAGUAAAUCCUGAUAUUACCACCCUCAAACUAAAGUCCUGAGACUGAGUUCACUAAGCUGGGUCAGAGCCAAUGCCUCACAAGUCCUCAGUUGAUGAGAACAUUCUUUUGUAUUUAAAUGAAAAAAAAAUAUGUUGAGUUUGUACAGCCACAAAUUUUUUUGUAAGUAUAUUUUCACAUUAAUAUAUUUAUUUGUGCUGUAAAUUCUUUUACAAUAUUAAUACUCUUUUUUUGUUUUUGUUUCUAGUUACUAUUAAACAUAUUUAUUUUUAAAAUA